UUUACUUCAGCCCAGUCUUCAACAGGACAUCACACUGAAGCAAGGAGAGAAGAAUCAACUGUAUACACUGAGAGGGCUACAAGAGACCUCUGUAUCAGACAGAAAGACACAUUUACUUCAGCCCAGUCUUCAACAGGACAUCACACUGAAGCAAGGAGAGAAGAAUCAACUGUAUACACUGAGAGGGCUACAAGAGACCUCUGUAUCAGACAGAAAGACACAUUUACUUCAGCCCAGUCUUCAACAGGACAUCACACUGAAGCAAGGAGAGAAGAAUCAACUGUAUAGACAAACAGCUGAAAUCAAAUAUCAGUUUCAUCCAACAGAGCAAAGAUGCAGUGGAGUCUGCUCAUUGUGAUGGGUCAGUGUUACUUCAUCACAUGUCAACUCUACCAGUACCACUAUAUUGAAGAUACAAAGACCUGGACAGAAGCUCAGGAGUACUGCAGAGAACAUUACACUGAUCUGGCCACAGUGUCUAACAUGACAGACAUGAAGAGACUCCUUGAAGAAUCUACAGGGAGAAAAACUGAAGCCUGGAUUGGACUGAGAGCAGAUGUCACCAGGACAUGGCACUGGUCUCUACCUGGAGUGGAGUUUAAAGAUGAUGUAACAAGAUGGGUUCUUGGUGAACCAAAUGAUGUAGGUGGUCUGGAGAACUGUGGAUUUAUAAAGAAUAAUACACUGUUGGGAGAUCUGUCUUGUAAAGACCAACUUCGUUUCAUCUGCUAUGAUGAAUGUGGAUCCACAAAGAUCCAUUUCAUUAAUGAACAGAAGAACUGGAUUGAUGCUCAGAAAUACUGCAGAGAUCAUCACACAGACCUGGUCAGUGGAUUGAACCAGUUAGAUCAAGUAGGACUCAAUGACACAGUUAAAGACAUACAAUAUUGGGUCGGCCUGUUCAGAGACGCCUGGAGGUGGUCAGAUGGGAGCAGUUCCUCUUUCAGACACUGGGAUCAGACUCUGUCACCAGGAGACAAAUGUGCAGUGACCAUGUUGAGUGAAGGAGGAAGAUGGAAGAACGCCAAGUGUACUGACCAAAAACCUUUCUUCUGUUAUGAUGUGACAGAUAAAGUGAUCCUGAUCAAAGAAAAUAAGACCUGGGAGGAAGCCUUGUAUUACUGCAGAGAGAACUACUAUGACCUGGUCUCCAUCACUAACCUUGAUGAACAGAGAUGGGUUCAAGAUAGAGCCAAGAACGCCUCAACUCCUUUUGUCUGGCUGGGACUGCGCUACUCUUGCUUUCUGGAUUUCUGGUUCUGGGUCAGUGAUGAGGUAGUCAGCUAUAAGAACUGGGCCUCAGAUGAAAAGAAUGAUGACUGUGACAUGUCUGGAGCCAUGGAAACAGGAGGAGGACAUCAGUGGGUCACAAACAAUGACAACAAGAAGUUUAAUUUCAUCUGUGCUGUGUAGUCAGAACUGAACAAAUUUAAUAUUCCUCAUUUUUCAACACAUUUAACUUCUUUAUAAUCAGCUUGCAAGCUUGAGAUUAGACAGAUUAGAGCUGGAGGACAGGACAACAACAAAAUAAUCCCACAUAAAUAGCUGUAUCAGUGGAACCCUGGACUUUAGAUCUAAGGCAGCUUUGAGAAUACGUUUAUCUGUCCCUUUGUCCCCUCCCAUCAGACAACAUCAAGCAGUGACUGUCAAUAUGAUUUAUUUUCUUUUAAAGUGUGGGUGGUUAUACAUCAGACAUAUAAUCACUGUGUUAGAAUAAAAUAACAUAUAUACCAAUGUAUAAGUGUAGUUAUAUUGCAUAUAUACAGACCUGUGUGUGGUUAUCAGCUGGUGAUGGUUAAAAUGUGUAAAAGCAUAUCUCUCUGAUUUUUCUAAUAAGACAUCUGUGUUAAUAUUGUUUUAUAUAACACCUAAUCUGAGUGUAAAAAUAUCCAUUAUGAAAAUAUGUUCAAUUACAAAAAUACCUGACGAUGUACUGAGAUGGAUUUAAAUAAAAAUACAAUUUA